AUGUUUCGUCGCGUGGUAACUCCUGUGAAGCCAGGUUAUGGUAUCUUGCGUAAUAAUGCGGGGUUAAGGGUACCGGUGUUACCGGUCCCAGCGCAUGUGACGAUGAUAGCCGGUGGUAAACGAUUUGCUUCUAGUAAUAGCAAUUCUGAAACCGGAACGGUUACAAAUACUGCUGCCGCAACAACGGAUAAAGCUAGUACUGGUGAGUUAGUUGAUGCGUCAAAAGCACCAGCCACUAAGCCAGUAGCUGCAAAGAAAGAGAAGAAACCUCCCUUGUGGGAUAGAAUUAAACACGAGUUGACCCAUUACGUCAACGGUACAAAACUUUUGGGGUAUGAGAUUAAAGUUUCCACCAAGCUUUUGGUGAAGUUCGUCCAAGGUUACGAACUUUCAAGACGUGAAAAGAAUCAAUUGAAGAGAACAAUGGGUGAUAUCUUCCGUCUUGUUCCCUUCAGUGCCUUCUUAAUUAUCCCAUUUGCAGAAUUGUUACUUCCAGUGGCAUUGAAGAUAUUUCCUAAUUUGUUGCCUUCCACCUAUGAAAGUGGUAAGGAAAAGAAAAUUAAGAGGACUAAGUUGAACGAAAUCAGGGCUAAGACAUCAAACUUUUUACAAGAGACGUUGGAAGAGUCUUCUUUGAUCAAUUACAAAUCUUUGGAAUCAACAGAGAAAAAGAAACAGUUCCUGAACUUCUUCAAGAAGCUAAACUCCACCAAAGAUGGUAAAGAAAACCUAUUCACACACGAAGAAAUCUUAAAUGUUGCCAAGAUGUUCAAGAACGAUACCGUUUUGGAUAACUUGUCCAGACCUCAAUUAAUUGCCAUGGCCAAAUACAUGUCCUUGAGACCAUUCGGUAACGAUAACAUGCUUCGUUACCAAAUUCGUUUUAACUUGAAGCAUAUCAUAGAAGAUGAUAAAACCAUCGAUUAUGAAGGUGCUGCUUCGUUAUCCGAUGAGGAACUUUAUCAGGCGUGUGUCUCAAGAGGUAUUAAGACCUUCGGUGUUAGCAAAGAUGAAUUGCUAGAAAAUUUGAAAGUUUGGUUAGAUUUGAGAUUGAGACAUCAAGUCCCAAGUGUUUUGUUGGUGCUUUCGAGUGCUUACACGUUUGGUGGUAUUCCAAAAGAACAAAAAGUCGAUGCUUAUUCUACCGCAUCCAUCGAAGCCGAGGUCGAAGAUACGAAAUUCAACAAUUUAUUGGAUUUCUACUACGAUGGUAUUCUUCAAGUUUUGAGCAGUAUCCCAGAUCCAGUUUAUAACGUCACUAAGUUGGAUGUCUCAGAAAGCAAAGAACCUAGUUCUUCCACAGCAGCAGCUGCGAAGGCAGAGCCAAAGGAAGAACCCUCUAUUACUAAAUUAGCCAGCGAAGCUCUUGCUACUAAUGCAAGUGCUGCAUCUGCAGCUGCUAAUGUUGUAAGUAACAUCGCAUCUGCUUCACCAAAAUCCGAAACUGAAACCAAACCUGCUUCAGCCAAGUCUGAAUCUAGCGUUACUGAUCAAAAGAAGGAAGCCGUGCAAGAACCUCAGCCAGAACAAGCGAAGGAUGAAAAAGAAGCAGUAUCAGAAGAAGCGGAAGAAGAAGAAGAACAGCAAAAGACUGACGAUAAUGCAUUCAAGUUAAGCGUUUUGAAGGAGCAAGAGGAGUUGAUUAAGAAGGAAGAAGAAGAAGCUAAGUUGAGAUCUCAAAGAGAAGUUAUCAAAGAUGACAUCAACUUAGAUGAAAAAGAAGAGGAAAUUCCUGAAAAAGCUUCCUCGGAACCUGCUAAAGAUACCAAAAAUUCGGACGAACCAUCUGAUGGUAAGAAGCAAUAA